AUGGGUUCAUUGGCAAAUAUGUCGAAAGCAAUUAAAAGACAUUACAAAAAGGAUUCACGAUUUGUUAUGGAUUUAUACACGUUGACUUAUGAUAAUCAUGAGUCAUUGGAUUCAUUAACCGAAGUUAAAAUGUUUGAAAAGCUCAUCUCUCAAAUUAAAAUCACUGCUAGUGCAUUAGGAGAUGUUUUGAGUUCCAGAAAUAAUAUAGAUUUUAGUAUCCGUGAUCAAUAUAGUAAAAUUAAUAAUUUAUUAAGUGAUUCAAAUAGUUCAUACGAUUUUCCUCCAAGAUCUCAUAUUAGAGGAGCUUCUAAUAUUUAUUUGGAUUUAUGUGUGCCAAAAACAGAUGAAGAUAAAUUUUUAACACAUGUGCCUAAAAAGCUUGACAACAAAUAUGAUUGUGAAGAUGGAGAUUUCUUUGAUAGAAGGAGAACAGAUAGAGAAGAAAUUAGAAGGCGUCUUGCAAUGGGCCCAGAACCUGAAAAUUUCUCAAAAGCACCUCGAAAAAAAAGUUUACAGUCACGAUUGCAAAGUGGGAUGAAUCUACAAAUAUGUUUUAUGAAUGAUGUUUCUGAUAAUGAAGGUUUAACAUCUGAAAUAAAUGUACAGGAAAAUGAAAAACCUGCAUUAAUGUCCGAAACAAUAGGGUUAUCAGAAAAUACUAUUGUACCACCAAAUCACUUCAAAUCUAUAGAUGAACCAAAUACGGAUGCAAAUGAAAGAUCUGGUUUAUUAACUAUUCAAAUGCCAAAGACUGAAGAAGACUUUUUUGCUUGCCAAGCAAGAUUGCAAGUGGAAGCGAGGCUAGCGUUAGCCCAAGCUAAACAAAUGGCUCAUAUGCAAAUGGAGUUAGAAAGGCAAAAACAAGUUUCAUCCCCCAUUACUGAUGUAAUAAGAUCUGCUCUCACAACUGUUGGAUGUGCAUCACCUGAACAUCACAGAAGACUCUCCCGGCGUUUGUUGACCAGCAUGACGAUUGCUCAAUUGCAGGUUGUUGUUUGCCGACUCCAUACACAGGUUGAAAUAUUUAAUGAACAGUUGGUGGGCUUAUUAAUGAAUCGUGAUGAACUUCAUAUGAGCCAAGAUAGCAUGCUGGUUGAUAUAGAGGAUUUAACCAGAUACCUUGGUGCCAAAGAUUCGACUGUAAAGAAAUCAGAAACCAAAACAAGAAAGCAAAACCAAAAGAAACCUAAUUUGGACAAGAAUAAUCAUUUACAAAGGAUAUCGCAUAUGAUACGAAAAUGAGUAAAAUUCAUUAGAUUAGGUUAAGUAGUAAAUAAAGUAAGCGUAAAGUAUACUCAUGAAAAUUAUCAAAACUAAAGAAUCGUUUUUAUUAUUGCAACAUUAAAGUGGUUACUCAUAAAAUCAUAAAA